GCCACGUUUGAGACGUGUGCAACGCUCCAGCGUAUAAAAAUGCGCAUGGUGAGGUGAAGUACAACUGCAAACCCAGCCCAACGCCACGACGGCACAGAAUAAAACAGUUAAAACGGAAACAGAAGUCGCCGGCGGAGAAAAGUAUAUCGUUUUCCGGCAACGAAAUGGUGAGGUCCGCCGACGGUUACGUUAUGGGAGUGGAUGAGUCGUAUAGCUCGCUGCCGUGGCUGUACUUGAUGUUCCUGUCGAUCUGGUUCGUCUCUGCUUGCUCUUGGACCUUUUACACCUACAAAACGCGCCACACUCAGUGGAAUAAUUUGCAGUGGACACUUGCUUCGGUUCCGUUGAUUAAAGCAUUGCAGCUCAUGCUGUCCUUCCUCUUCUGGUAUUCUUGCUUCAAUUUUCAGGCCUGCUCUUUGUGGAUGUCAUUUGGGGUGUAUGUAACGGGGGUGCUAUUUCAGACAGCUGCUUUUGUCUGCUUUUUACUCAUUUCUCAUGGUUACUGCAUCAUGUGCGAGCGUCUUUCUUUAACUGAACGCCGUUCAACUGCCGCACUUGCUUGUAUCUUUUACUUGACUCUGAUUGGGUACAAGGCUUGUGUGCCAUACUUCUCUGUUCUUUUGCUAUUAAACUAUUUUGUUACAUUCUAUAUAAUAUUCCACCAUAUAUCCCAAAACCUACUAGUGCUACGAGAACAAUUGAGCCUUAUAGAAAACGAGGAUAUUCAACCAAUGUAUGAUGCCGUGUAUAAGAAGUACACAAUAUUCAAGAAAUUUCAGGGUGCAAUGCAGAUAGUAGCUACAGCAGAAACUGUGAUAUAUAUGAACAUGAAUGACUCUUCAGAGAAUUACUGGCUUCGUUUAUUGCUCAGGGAAUGGGCACAAUUCUGCAUCUUUGUUUACAUUGGAUGGAUUUUCAGGUCACAUGAUUUGGCACCAAACUUCUCUGUCAUGCCAAUCACUAAGUGUAAAGGCGAUACUCUGGUUCCUCCCAUCUAUAGUAUUGAAAUGGAUGCAGCAACUUUUAAAGACUUUAGUAGUCAUGAAUGGCACAUUGGAGUGCCAACUUCUGCUUCUCAUGUGGAAAGUUCCAAAAAUGAUGUUUUGGUAAUCAUUCAGCAUCCUCGAGCACAGAGGCUAAGAAAUAUCGAUACUUUUUCGCAUAGCGCCCUCAGUACAAAUUCAUCUCCAUGUCGAAACGUAACGAAUACUGCUACAUAAUCAAUUAUAUCUGCUUCCCAUGUCUAUGCCUUUUCCCUUGCAGAUGACAUGGUCAUGAUUAUAUAUUUAAUUAUGACACCCUCAAUUUUUCUUGAGAAUCCAGAGUUAAGCGCAUACAUAUUCGUUUUAGCUCGUUUCCACGAGUAAAGAAAGAGGUUAGAGACUAGAGUUAUCUGCAAACAUGUAAUAAUACAUUGUCAAUGCAUUGAUAAAUGUAAAUAUUCCUCUUUAUUAUGGUGUUAGUUUUUUUCAUUUUCA